AUGAGAGAGCAUGAAAAUGGAACAAAACAGAAAGUUAUCAAAAAGGUCUCAAAAUCAAGCACCGAAAAGCGGUUAGUUGUUGUCCUCGAGAAUGCUUCGUUGGAAACGGUCAAGACUGGUAAAUCAUAUGAAUUGUUAAACUGUGAUAGACAUAAACAUUUAUCAAAGAAAUUUAAAAAAGAUAUUUCACAAUGUAGACCAGACAUUACUCAUCAGUGUUUGUUAAUGUUGAUGGAUAGUCCAUUAAACAGAGCUGGUUUAUUACAAGUUUAUAUACACACAGAAACCAAUGUCUUAAUAGAAAUUAACCCCCAAACCAGAAUACCUAGAACAUUUGAAAGAUUCUGUGGUCUUAUGGUUCAGUUGUUACAUAAAUUAAGUAUACAUGCCUCAGAUGGUCCACAGAAAUUAUUAAAGGUGAUAAAAAAUCCGAUCAAUGAUCAUUUACCUGUUGGAUGUUUAAAAUUAGGAACGUCAUUUCAAGCUGAGGAUGUGAUCAACCCUAAAACAAUAGUACCAAAAGAUAAACCUGCAGUGGUUGUUAUAGGAGCUAUGGCACAUGGAAUGGUAGAUGCUGAUUAUGUUGAAAAAUCUGUUUCUAUCAGUAGUUACCCCCUAUCGGCAGCGCUAACUUGUGCUAAGUUCUGUUCAGCAUUUGAAGAAGAGUGGGGUGUUGUUUAAAUAAACAUAUUUUGUAAAUAAACUUUUUGUCAUUCUUAAAUAUCCUCUGGACAAAUUCCAGUUAUUUGCUUUGACCCAUUUGCAUGUAAAGGCAAUACAUAUUACCUAGUAACACUAGAUAAUCUAUUAUGAUGAAGAGGUAACAAACUACAUACAUGAAUCUAACUGUCUAAAAUAUUGUUCUAUUUCGGAAGCAUAUUGAAUGUUAUUUCAAUCAUCAGAGUCCUUAUUUUCUUUAAGACUAAGUUGACGCCUGAUUUCAUACAAAAUGACACUUGUAGCAGAAGUAACAUUCAGACUGUUUACAGCUGGUAUCAUGGGUAUAGUCACAACUUGUCCAUAAGAUUCAAACACAAACUUCUUAGCUUCUGGACUAAUUCCACUGGAUUCAUUACCAAUAAUUAAAGCCACGUCUGCUGUGACAUUGAGUUUAUCAUAGGUUGUUAAAGAUAGAGGGGUUGAUUUAUAAAGAUUAUGUUCUGCUGCAGUAAAUUUUUUGUCCAAAUUAUCAUCUUCGUUACUGUCAUCAGUUUCUGUCAAAUCCUGAUACAACUCAAUGUUUUCAGUAUCAAACUUCUGGGUAAUUUUUUCUGGAAUUCGGUUGUCUGCCACCAGAACUUGACAAUUGGUUGGUAAAUAGUUGAUCAGCAUAUUCCAAUUUUGUUGAGUUAUGAUAGGAAUAUGAAAAUGUGAUGACAUACCAGCCCUAAUG